UAGGAAGAGGCUGGGGAGAUGUUUGGAUUUAAAGAGACCUGUCAGGCUGGUUAGACGGAGAUUCUGGCAGGCUUCAUAAACAGUGUGAACAUUAAAAAUGGCGGACAAGAUAAAAACCUCACGAACGAGUGAAUUUGAGUUUGGAGGACCAAUAGGUGCGUUCCUGCUUUUGUUUGUGAUUCCUGGUACAGUGUUCUACCUUCUGCUGACAUGUAACACAGAGGAAGCCAGUGUGCUACGUAUUCCGGGUCCUUUGCCUCCUCUCGAGACUCUGUGGGACACAACUGCUGUGACCGUCCUGCUGACCUGGAUCUCAUUUCAAGCUAUAUUAUAUAUGCUACCCAUGGGGAAGGUAGUUGAAGGAAUCCCCUUAAGAGAUAAAACCCGUUUGAAAUAUAAAAUUAAUGCGUUUCAUGCCAUGGUUGUGAGCCUCCUGCUGGCAGGUGUUGCGUUUGUACUGAAAUUGCCUCUUUCCUACGUCUAUGACCAUUUUCUACAGCUGGCUGUGGGUGCGGGAUUCCUGGCGCUAGCCCUCAGCAUCUUCCUGUAUUUUAAGGCCCUGGCAGCACCCGAUUCUGCACUGGCCCCAGGCGGUAAUUCAGGUAAUCCCAUUUACGACUUCUUCAUUGGACACGAGCUGAACCCUCGAAUUGGCUCCUUUGAUUUGAAGUAUUUCUGUGAGCUGCGUCCUGGACUUAUUGGUUGGUGUUUAAUCAACCUGUGCUUCCUGGUGAAGGAGGUCGAGCUACGAGGCUCCCCGUCUCUUUCCAUGAUUUUGGUGUGUGCGUUUCAGGCUCUGUAUGUCAUGGAUGCUCUGUGGAAUGAGGAGUGCAUCCUCACGACAAUGGACAUUGUCCAUGAUGGGUUUGGUUUUAUGUUGGCUUUCGGAGACUUGUGUUGGGUUCCAUUCUCCUAUUCUCUGCAAGCAUAUUUCCUCGUCAGUCACCCGCAGGAAUUGGGGACUUUAGCUGCUGUUGGCAUCGUGCUCAUAAACACCCUGGGAUAUAUUGUUUUCCGUGGAUCAAACUCACAGAAAAAUGCCUUCAGAAGAAACCCUGCAGACCCACAAGUUGCAGGUCUCAAGACUAUUCCUACAGCAACAGGGAAAAGGCUGCUUGUGUCUGGCUGGUGGGGUAUUGUUCGUCACCCGAAUUAUCUAGGAGAUCUAAUUAUGGCUCUAGCCUGGUCUCUCCCCUGUGGGCUCUCUCACAUUCUUCCAUACUUCUACGUUACCUAUUUCACGGUCCUCCUCAUUCACCGCGAGGCAAGAGAUGAACAUCAGUGUAUGAAGAAGUAUGGCUUGGCCUGGCAGGAAUACUGCCGCAGAGUGCCCUACAGGAUAUUCCCAUACAUCUACUGAUCACUCAGCUGCAUCCUUCCACUGCAGACAAUAUACGUAGCAAGUUUGUCUACAAUGACUUAAACUGGUUAUGUGAACUGAUACUACAUGUAAACAUUUACUACUGAUUUAAACCGGCCUCCAAACAAGGCAAGAAGGGAUUUAUUUAAAUAUAAAUACAUAGUACGGUGCAUCUAGUAACCUUAAGGCUCCUAUGGCAUUUUUUUUGCUUUCAACCAGUUUUCUUCUGAGUGCCUCCUAUGUUCUUUUAAUUAAAUGGACAAACAGCAGUGGGGGAUGUCAGUAAGUUUUUUAGAUUAAGUACAGACAGUGAGGGUAAUCACUCAUUAUGUAAUGUAUAUCAAAUAAUUCAAGAAUACAGGGAUGUGUGCACUCUAUCCUGGAGAGUGUAAAUGGAAUCUAUAGCUCUUUGUUUGGGUACAGUCCAAACCAACACCCUGGGACUCAAUAUUGCCAAAACUCCACUUUUUCACAUUAAAAAAACAUCCAUUUCACAUUAUUAUCCAUUGUUGUGUUUACAAGGUCUUUGUUGUGUUUUCAACCUUUGUUUAACACUAAUACAGUAGUUAAGUUAUGGAUAACUGUAUGUAACACAUGAUACUCAGUGGAGGUUUUGGCAUGUCACAUGAUCAAGUGUGGUCAAGUUAUAAUUUGUUAUGAGCCAACAGAUUUUGCAGUGCUGUACUAAUAAUUUAUUAAGUCGGACAGAUUUCUAAUGAAUGUUUUAAGCAGAGCUGUACUUUUCCAUUUACCUUUAACUUCCUAAUCUUCAAAAUGCCAACCAUUGAACAAGACUAAGAUGUAAAGAAUGUGAUGGAGAAAGUAUAGCAUAAAAUGAUUACAUAAAAGUAGCAUUUACUUUUCUUUGUGAUAGAAUCAAAUCAUGAAAAGGCAUUUUAUUAACAUUCAGUUUCAACUCUAUUUGAGUGACAUUAGAGCUGUGAUUUUUCAUUCAUGCAAGCGUAUAAUGUCCUGCCUAAACAAACAUUAAUUUGUUUACACUUUGUAUAAAACAAUGGCUUGAACAAUUUGAGGGAAUACAAUAAAAUGUUUUUAUUAAUAUGCA